AUGGCUGACCGGAGCGCGCCGAGCUGCCACCUGCGGCUGGAGUGGGUCUACGGCUACCGGGGUCAUCAGUGCCGCAACAACCUCUACUACACGGCGGCCAAGGAGAUCGUCUACUUCGUGGCGGGGGUCGGCGUGGUCUACAGCCCCCGGGAGCACCGGCAGAAAUUCUACCUGGGGCACCAGGACGACAUCAUCAGCCUUGCCUUGCACCCCGAGCGUGUGUUGGUGGCAACAGGUCAAGUUGGGAAGGAGCCAUACAUCUGUGUGUGGGAUUCAUACACUGUGCAAACUGUAUCUGUUCUGAAAGAUGUUCACACACAUGGCAUUGCUUGCUUGGCCUUUGAUUUAGAUGGUCAGCGUUUGGUCUCAGUUGGUUUGGAUUCGAAAAACACAGUUUGUGUAUGGGACUGGAGAAAAGGAAAAUUGUUAUCAAUGGCUCCUGGUCAUACAGACAGAAUUUUUGAUAUUUCUUGGGAUUUAUACCAGCCAAACAAGCUUGUCAGCUGUGGCGUAAAACACAUCAAGUUCUGGAGCUUGUGUGGCAAUUCACUGACACCAAAACGUGGUGUCUUUGGCAAGACUGGUGAUCUCCAGACUAUCCUGUGCCUCGCCUGUGCAAGGGACGAAGUGACGUAUUCCGGUGCUCUGAACGGAGAUAUCUAUGUGUGGAAAGGAAUCAACCUUGUGCGGACAAUACAGGGAGCACAUGCUGCAGGAAUUUUCAGCAUGAAUGCAUGUGAAGAGGGGUUUGCCACUGGUGGUAGGGAUGGCUGUGUUCGCUUGUGGGACCUAAAUUUUAAACCAAUUACUGUGAUUGAUCUCAGGGAAACAGACCAGGGAUAUAAAGGUCUGUCUGUAAGAAGUGUUUGCUGGAGAGGAGACCAUAUACUCGUUGGGACACAAGAUAGUGAAAUAUUUGAAAUUGUGGUGCAUGAGCGUAAUAAGCCUUUCCUGAUAAUGCAGGGGCACUGUGAAGGAGAGCUGUGGGCUUUGGCUGUCCAUCCUACAAAACCCCUGGCCAUGACUGGAAGCGAUGAUCGAUCAGUCAGAAUCUGGAGUUUAAUAGACCACGCUCUGAUUGCCCGGUGCAACAUGGAGGAGCCCAUUCGCUGUGCCGCGGUUAGUACGGAUGGAAUCCAUCUUGCUCUUGGAAUGAAGGAUGGCUCUUUCACUGUGCUUCGAGUCAGAGAUAUGACUGAGGUUGUUCAUAUCAAAGACAGGAAAGAAGCUAUUCAUGAACUCAAAUAUUCUCCAGAUGGGAAUUUCCUAGCUGUUGGUUCCAAUGACAGCUCUGUGGAUGUAUAUGGCGUUGUUCAGCGAUACAAGAAAGUUGGGGAAUGUAUUGGAUCCUUAAGCUUCAUCACACAUAUGGAUUGGUCUUCAGACAGUAAAUACUUACAGACCAAUGAUGGCAAUGGAAAGAGACUUUUUUACAGAAUGCCAAGUGGAAAAGAAGUAACAAACAAGGAGGAAUUGAAAGGCAUUCAGUGGGCAUCAUGGACUUGUGUUUCUGGCCUUGAAGUUAAUGGAAUCUGGCCCAAAUAUUCAGACAUAAAUGAUAUAAAUUCAGUGGAUGCAAAUUUUAUUGGUCAAGUUAUGGUUACAGCUGAUGAUUACGGAAUAGUCAAACUCUUUCGAUACCCAUGUCUAAGAAAAGGGGCAAAGUUUAAAAAGUAUCUCGGUCACUCUGCUCACGUGACAAAUGUCAGAUGGUCGCACGACCACCAGUGGGUGGUUUCCAUUGGGGGAGCUGAUCAUUCUGUCUUCCAGUGGAAGUUCGUCCCCGACCGCAAGCUGAAGGACACUCUGCAUAUAGCACCCCAAGAGAGUCUGGUUGAUUCUAAUAGUGAUGAAUCAGAUUCAGAUCAGUCUGAUGUUCCAGAGCUGGACUCUGAAAUUGAGCAAGAGACACAGAUCACCUAUCGUCGACAGGUUUACAAAGAAGAUCUACCUCAACUUAAAGAGCAAUGCAAAGAAAAAAGAAAAAGUGCAGCUUCUAAGAGACGUGAGCGAGCUCCAGGGAACAGCAUAAGACUACAUUUUGUUCAUGGUUACAGGGGUUACGACUGCCGCAGCAACCUGUUCUACACGCAGACGGGUGAGAUCGUGUACCACGUGGCGGCCGUGGGCGUCGUGUACAACCGGCAGCAGAACACGCAGCGCUUCUACCUGGGCCACGACGACGACAUCCUCUGCCUCGCCAUUCAUCCCUUGAAGGAUUAUGUGGCAACAGGCCAGGUUGGUCGAGAUUCCUCAAUACACAUUUGGGAUACAGAAACAAUAAAGCCACUCUCAGUAUUAAAGGGCUAUCACCAGUAUGGUGUUUGUGCUGUUGAUUUUUCAGCGGAUGGGAAACGAUUGGCUUCUGUUGGAAUAGAUGACAAUCACACUAUUGUACUCUGGGACUGGAAGAAAGGAGAAAAGCUUUCAGCAGUAAGGGGAAGCAAAGAUAAGAUUUUUGUUGUUAAGAUUAAUCCUUACAUGCCUGAUAAAUUGAUUACAGUUGGAAUUAAACACAUGAAAUUCUGGCGGAGAGCAGGAGGAGGACUAAUUGGGAGAAAGGGCUGCAUAGGUGCACUGGGAAGAACUGACACAAUGAUGUGUGCAGUGUAUGGCUGGACAGAAGAGAUGGCAUUCUCUGGAACCUCCACGGGGGAUGUGUGUAUUUGGAGAGAUGUGUUUCUCAUAAAAACUGUCAAAGCACAUGAUGGUCCUGUGUUCAGCAUGCACGCAUUGGAAAAAGGAUUUGUCACUGGAGGAAAGGAUGGGGUAGUAGCUCUCUGGGAUGAUACCUUUGAACGUUGUCUCAAAACCUAUGCCAUCAAAAGGGCUGCUCUGGCUCCUGGGUCCAAAGGUCUCCUAUUAGAAGAUAAUCCUUCUAUACGUGCCAUAUCAUUAGGACAUGGUCAUAUUCUAGUGGGCACAAAGAAUGGUGAAAUAUUGGAGGUGGAUAAAAGUGGACCAAUAACUCUGCUGGUUCAGGGUCACAUGGAGGGGGAAGUUUGGGGUCUAGCUACUCAUCCUCAUUUACCCAUUUGUGCCACUGUAAGUGAUGACAAAACCUUAAGAAUAUGGGAUUUAUCUCCUAGCCAUUGUAUGUUAGCUGUUCGCAAAUUGAAAAAGGGGGGCAGAUGUUGCUGCUUUUCUCCUGAUGGAAAAGCAUUAGCUGUUGGUCUCAAUGACGGAAGUUUUUUGAUAGUUAAUGCAGAUACCCUGGAGGAUUUGGUCUCUUUCCAGCACAGGAAAGAUGUUAUUUCAGAAAUCAGAUUUUCUCCUGGGGCUGGAAAGUACUUAGCUGUGGCAUCCUGUGACAACUUUGUAGAUAUUUACAAUGUAAUGAGCAGUAAAAGAGUAGGAAUCUGCAAGGGAGCCUCCAGCUAUAUCACACACAUGGACUGGGACAUAAGAGGAAAACUUUUGCAAGUCAACACUGGUGCUAAAGAGCAGUUGUUUUUUGAAGCCCCUCGGGGGAAAAAACAAACUAUUCCAAGUUUGGAGGUAGAAAAGAUUGGCUGGGCAUCAUGGACAAGUGUUUUGGGCUCUUGCUGUGAAGGGAUCUGGCCAAUAAUUGGUGAAGUCACAGAUGUAACUGCUUCAUGCCUCACUAGUGAUAGUAAAGUAUUAGCCACAGGAGAUGAUUUUGGAUUUGUGAAACUGUUUCGAUACCCUGCUAAAGGAAAGUUUGGAAAAUUCAAGCGCUAUGUUGCUCACAGCACCCACGUGACAAACGUGCGCUGGACCUACGAUGACAGUUUGCUGGUCACUGUUGGAGGAGCAGACACCUCCCUAAUGCUGUGGACUUAUGAGAUGGAGGGACAUCGAGAUAGCAGGCAGUGUGACAGUGAGGAGUCUGAUCUGGAUUCUGAAGAAGAUGGAGGUUAUGACAGUGAUGUGACAAGGGAAAAUGAAAUUAAUUACACCAUCAAAGCCUUAUCAACAAACAUUAGACCAAUGUUUGGAAUAAAGCCUCAUCUGCAACAAAAGGAGCCAACCUUAGAUGAAAGACCACCUGUUAGUAGGGCACUGCCACAGCCGGAGAAACUUCAGACAAAUAAUGUGGGCAAAAAAAAGAGACCCAUAGAGGACCUAAUUUUGGAGCUGGUGUUUGGGUAUCGAGGGAAGGACUGCAGGAACAAUGUGCACUAUUUGAAUGAUGGUGCUGAUGUCAUUUAUCACACUGCAUCUAUUGGCAUCUUGUAUAACGUGGCAACAGGCUCUCAGUCAUUUUACCAAGAACAUAAUGAUGAUAUUUUGUGCCUCACUGUGAAUCAGCACCCCAAGUUUACCAACAUAGUGGCAACUGGCCAAGUAGGAGACUCAGCAGAUAUGUCAGCUACAGCCCCUUCUAUUCAUGUGUGGGAUGCAAUGAACAAGCAGACACUGUCGGUACUGCGGUGCUACCAUUCCAAGGGCGUCUGCUCUGUCAGUUUCAGUGCCACUGGCAAACUGCUGCUGUCCGUAGGGCUGGAUCCUGAACAUACCAUUACCAUUUGGAAGUGGCAGGAAGGUGCCAAAAUUGCCAGCCGAGCUGGUCAUAACCAGCGUAUAUUUGUAGCAGAAUUCAGGCCAGAUUCAGAUACACAGUUUGUUUCUGUGGGAGUAAAACAUGUAAGGUUCUGGACACUGGCUGGAAGAGCUCUCCUCAGUAAGAAAGGGCUGCUGAGCUCCAUAGAAGAUGCCCGCAUGCAGACGAUGCUCUCUGUAGCGUUUGGAGCGAAUAACUUGACAUUUACAGGUACUAUCAGUGGAGAUGUUUGUGUUUGGAAGGACCAUGUGUUGAUACGAAUUGUGGCCAAAGCUCACAAUGGACCUGUUUUCACAAUGUACACCACACUGAGGGAUGGUUUGAUUGUUACAGGAGGCAAAGAAAGGCCUUCAAAGGAAGGAGGAGCAGUCAAGCUGUGGGACCAGGAGCUGAAAAGAUGUCGUGCCUUCAGACUGGAGACAGGACAAAUGACAGACUGUGUUCGCUCUGUUUGCAGAGGCAAGGGGAAAAUUCUCGUUGGGACAAGAAAUGCUGAAAUAAUUGAAGUUGGAGAGAAAAAUGCUGCAUGUAACAUUCUAAUUAAUGGUCAUAUGGAUGGACCCAUCUGGGGCCUAGCAACACAUCCAUCCAGAGAUUUUUUCCUUUCUGCUGCAGAAGAUGGCACAGUAAGACUCUGGGAUAUUGCUGAAAAGAAGAUGCUGAACAAAGUCAGCUUAGGACAUGCAGCUCGUACUGUUUGUUACAGCCCAGAAGGUGAUAUGGUAGCUAUUGGAAUGAAAAAUGGAGAAUUUAUUAUCCUGCUUGUGACCUCUCUAAAAAUCUGGGGGAAAAAGAGGGACAGAAGAUCAGCAAUUCAAGAUAUCAGGUUUAGCCCAGAUUCUCGUUACCUAGCAGUGGGUUCCAGUGAGAAUGCAGUGGAUUUUUAUGAUCUGACUCUGGGACCCACACUAAAUCGAAUCAGCUAUUGCAAAGAUAUCCCAAGUUUUGUGAUCCAGAUGGACUUCUCUGCUGAUAGCUCCUAUCUCCAGGUCUCUACGGGGUCUUACAAAAGGCAAGUGUAUGAAGUGCCUUCAGGAAAGCAGCUUGUGGACCAGGCUGUGAUUGACAGAAUAACUUGGGCUACUUGGACAAGUGUUCUAGGGGAUGAAGUAAUUGGAAUCUGGUCCAGGCAUGCUGAAAAAGCUGAUGUGAACUGUGCUUGUGUCUCUCACUCGGGAAUCAACCUCGUCACAGGCGAUGAUUUUGGCAUGGUCAAACUCUUUGACUUUCCAUGUCCUGAAAAAUUUGCAAAACACAAACGAUUUUUAGGUCACUCUGCCCACUUAACUAAUAUUCGGUUCACAAGUGGAGACAGAUACGUGGUCAGUGCUGGAGGGGACGACUGCAGCUUAUUUGUUUGGAAGUGUGUGCAUAUGCCUCAUUGAGAGAGACAUGGAGACUUGCAAAGAGGAAACUGCAUGAAGUACCAGGCAUGAAAUACCCAGGAUUGCAAUGUGACAUUCUGCUGUGCCCUGCAUGUGUAAGAAAUGACCCAAGACACAGAGCAAUCUGUCUCUGAAAGGCAGGACCUGCCAGGAGGAUGGACUGUCACAAGCACACUGAGGCUGCUAGGUUUGCUUUGGUGUCAGAUAAUGUGGGUUUGUAUUCCACUCACUGCCAGAUGCUAAAAACAAAAUAUGUGGAUAAAAGGAAAAAGUGAAUUGUUAAUCAAUGUACAGUUUCACAGCAAGUUCUUGGGGUUUUAAUCAAGAGAUGCUAUUUCUGACCUAGUGCUGUACAUUGAUCUAUUUUCAGCAUGAAUGUUUUUCCUUUAAAGUUUUGAGGUCUAAAUAGCAUAGAUAAAAAGAGUAUUCCAUAUUUUAUUACUGAGAGAGACCAUAUAUUAACUCUUAAAUAUAUAGUAUUUUAAUAAAUGUUUAAUUAUUAUAAUGGAAAUUAUAUUUCUAUGGCUGGUCAAAAGGAAAAAUCAUAUCUGAUGAAGCAGAAAAGAGUAGAGUUGAUUCCUUAUGACUGAAAUAUUUCUGUAUUUAGAGGCCUGGGUCACAGUCAUGUCUGGUGAAAGCCGUUGGAUAUGCAUGAUCUUCAUGGCUAAUUUAGUGUUUUUGUUGCACUUAAACAUUAAAUUAGUUCUAUGAGCAAAAAUAGAUUUGCUCACUUUGCGAGUGCCUUGCCCACUACCUAAAAGUCUAACUCCAAUUUUUGCCUUGUGAAUAAAAGUAUUCUCAGUGGAAGAGAGAUUAUUGCUGUGUUACUUGACUGGGCUGUGAGCCUGUCUGCUGGAAAUGAGGACCAGGGUGAGGAUUUUGUAGUCUUCUUGUUGAUAAAGUUUGGGAUGUCAGCAGUGGCAAAAAUAGAAUUUCAGAGCAAUAUGAAUUGAUUUUAUUUUCUCAGCAUCAUAGGGGAGAUUCAGAGAGAACUUUCUGAACAUUAUAUUUUAUACAUUUGAACUUUUUAAUAGAGUUAGGACUAGCUGGGAGAUGUCUCUAUUCAGAUUUCUCUUCUGAUUGUAAAAAAUGUCCAAUCAUCUGCUUCUUUGAAUGGACCUGCUGUCACCUCGAGCAUUUAUUCUAUCCUGCAACAUAAGUGAGGUUCUAGGUUGGAAAAACAUUUCAGUGAUAAUAAAAUCCCGAACAAAGCUGUGUUUUGGGUACAAGUGAGGAAGAUUUUGUCAGCUGUUUGUCUAAAUCAUGUCACAGAGAAGAUUACAGACAGUUAAUUUUCAUGCAAUAUAGCAGGCAUCGAAAAUCACUAGUUAUCAGCACUGCCCUCAUUGUGGCAUUCUGCUGGGAACAGAAAGCUCUCUUUCUGUGUAAGCCAGCAUUGCUUUGACAGUGGCACUUGUUUAGGUCAGUCAGCAGGCUUUAGUAUUUUUCAUCUCUUGCAUUUUCUUAUGCCAGAUGAAAAAGAAAUAAACCUCAUCUUUUCGUGUCAUCAUCUUGUGUGUGUGUUGGUUACAGAGGGAAUGGGAGGGCUUGCAGGCAGAAGAGAAGGAGGAGAAAAGUUACAGAGCCAAACUUCUGUGCUCUCCUUGUUAUGUGCUAUACAAAACUAGUUACCCAACUGUCUUAGGGAAUAUAUUUUGUAUAUCAAACUAUAACAAAUAUUUAUUUUAAAGAAGUUGAUGAACUAAACAGUUAUCAGGUUUCUCAGCAUGAUGGUUCUUAAAGUCAUGCCAGUCAUGCAGCUGCUAUUCUACAGGAGCAAAAACUCUGAGAAUUUGGUCAUGAGUGUACAGGCUGUACAUUCUUGCUAGUAAUAUUUUUGAGUUUAGGGAAAUUGCAUAUGAGAGUUGUGAUUAGACCUCAUGUAUCUCAUAACCUUGUUUCCUGUCUGUUGUACAUGAAAAUCAGUCUCUGGUGUUUAUAUCUUCUCUUUACCAGAGAAAUGGUUUGCAAUGUGCUCUUUGAUGGCUGUGAUUCUAUCCCUUAUUAAACACAUCUGUGCAGGACUUUUGGGCUUGAAGUAAGAUUUGUCUUGCCUCUGUUUUAAAGUUGCCUUUCAUUGGAUCAAGAUGGAUGAGUGUUAAGAGCUCACUCUUAAGUCUGUCCUACUCAGACUGCCAGAUCAAAGUCCAUAUUUUUCUGUCUCUGAGUUUUCUCCACAAAAUCCUAGGCUCUGUGAGCUCUUCUGUAGCCUUCAUCCAGUGAAGGAGGUACGUGGAUCAAGAGGGUUUGUUCCUCAAAUCCCUGUCACUGAUCCUCUUCUCUUUUCCUCCCUCCCCCCACUCCCUUCAUUAAUGCUGUGCCUCUCCACUGAUAAUAGUCCAUUGGUGCUUUUCCCCUGAGGGAUCCCAAAGGCCACACCAGAGCUGAAGGAUGAGCAAAAAGGGGUGGGAGGGACUGGGCUGAGGGCUCCCUGCUUCUUCCUCCCUUCCAAACCUCAACACUCCUGUAAAGGGCUGGGAUGGGAGCUGGAAGCUGAGGAGCUCUUUAGAAACUGAACUGCCAGCACUGUUCCUCCUCUGGCAGCCCAUAUUGGCAGGCAGUAUUUUCCCUGGUGAAACUGCUCUGGUUUGCCAGGUAAAAUGGGGGCAGCCAGCUGGGAAUGAUCACAAAUGUUGAGGAGAAGAGUGAGCAGAGCCUCAGUUGCAGUUUGGAGCAUAAUGCAGCUGUGAUUCUCUGCUGAAGUGAAGUGCUGGCUGUCAGCAUGGUCCGAGCUGGCAGCUUCAUGGUGUUUUUGGUCUUUUUGUCUGUGAUGGUGCUUGCUACUGUGCCUCAUUUGCUGUUUACAUUAAAUGCUACUGUAGUAACUUGCUAAUUGUUGCCACCCAUGCUUGAAGCAUGUGUUCAUGGGAACAGGCAGUGGGAGCUCAAGGCUGGAUGCUCCACAGAGAAAUUAGAGGAUGACAGAGCCCUGUAGGAUAGGUCAGGGAAGAAGCAUCAGAGAGAACUGAGAUCAGGAGAGCUGUGCCUGAAGCUGGAGAACACCUCUCCUGGGGUUAUACAGCACCAGGGAGGGGGAGGCAAAAAUUCUUUGUAUAAUUUAAUUAGUCAUAGUGGAUGAUUUUUUUCUGUAGCUUCUUCUUGGUCAGCAGCAAACAUACAUCUUUGGAAUCUUUAGUUAGCAAUAUUUUUGGUAAUAAAAGAAAUUUACUAGAGAACUGAGUAAAAAUAAAAUAACAUUUCACUUAAUAAAACAAGCAUGCCCUUGAAAGCUAAGAAGCAUACUUAGAAAAAAGAGAAUAAGGAAAAUCCAGCUCCUAGGAGCAACAAAAUAUAAAAAGAAAUACAUUUAGAACUGAAAGUUGCCAUGAAGCAGGAGCUGAGGAACACAGUUGGAAAUUAGGUCAGAGAGAGCAAAUUAGCCAAAUAGGUAGAAUCAUUUCCACUUGAAUUUUUAUUUAUUUAUUUAUUCAUUUUUUAAUCUCAAGAAGGUAGUCAGCAUAUAUGACUUUCUUAUUUUGCUGGGGAAAGUAAGAAAUGCUGUGAAACUAAAGGAUAGUAUUUCAGAAGAUUAAGGCUAUUUUAUCACUUGGUGACAGCUGAGGAAAAACAUUCCGAGCAACUUCUGACUUGGCUCUGUAUCAGGAUUUCAGUGUUAGCAAGAUUCAUUUCAGCAUAACUGAACUUUCUACCAGUCAGCUUAAUGCUAACCUGGAAUCGUGCCAUCAGAAAGCAGGUCCACUGCAGGUGAGACAACUCCUCAGUCUAAAACAAGACCAAAAUAAAGGACUUCAGUACCAAGGGCAGGACUUUGAUAGCAUUCAGGAGUGGCUUAGUUUGAAACCAUGAUCCAGUUCUCUCAGCUGCUGCCUGAGCCACCUCAGCCCCACUGUUUGCCAGGAGACCCAGCACCCCUGAGCCACCCCAAGCACUGGCCUGCAGCACCUCCCCUGCCCCAGGAUCCUGCCCAGAGCCUGGGCUGGAUGUGCUGGGCAAGGUGUCAGAGUGGCACUAGCAAAGGGUCUUGGCUUCAAAUACAGCAUUUAAUUAGACAAGGUGACAGGUUCCCUAUUUCAUUAUCACUGUCAGAGAUGUGACCAGCCUUAAUCCUGAAAGUGUUUUUUAAAAAAUUCUGUUAACAUAAGCUAUAGGCAGAUGUCAUCUUGUCCAUGUUUUGGAAAAAGUGGAGCAUCCUCUAGACUCUACAGAAGGGGAAAUAAGACUGCAAAUCACAAAAUUAAUUGCCACAUCAGUGAUGUAAACACCCCUAGCUGCAUUGCAUUUGUAUGCUUUUUUGUUCUCAUUGGUUUUUUAUGCUCCCGUGCUCUGUUUUCCUAAAAUUUUUAGCAGCAUUUGAUUUCUGCUCAUGUGGAUAGAUCCAUGUGCUUGCCAAAGCCUGCUGUCAUCCUUCAUACCACUCACUGUUGGGUGAUUACACCAAGCCCAUUUAUUUUGUUGGGCCUGGCUUCUGCUCUUCACUUAACUUUGACUUCAGACUUGAGCUCUGCAUAUCUCAUUUUAGAAAUAAAAAUAAAAUAGUUUUAGGUGUCUGAUAUGCAUAAAAGCCACAAUAGGUUUCCUUGCCAAAAUCAUUUGCAUCUAAGAAGUACUAGGUGGUUUUCUCAGUCUAUUUGAUGCUAGAACAGGUUAACACUCACCAUUCUUUUCUCAACUAUUAGCAAACCAGUCAAAACCUUGAUACCUUGAUCUGUUUUUGUGUUAACUGUGAGAUCAGCAAUCCAACCCAUUCACUACUUUUUUGGAAAGGAUGAGGAAAAAAAGCAUUGAACGUGUUCUCUUUUGCACCCUUCUGUUUAAAACAAAACAACAAAAGGUGUAAGGUCUUUGCAUGAUGAGAGUAGGCAAUUCUAAUUUCUAUAAUGCUUAUAAUUUCCUCAUUUUUUUUGAAUUAUGGAACAAAGUGUGGAGGAAGCAGUAACAGGAAACAUGGAGAAAAGGUAGAAGAAAGGAAAGGAGAGAAGGGGACACUCAAAAAUAGGCAAAGGAAUGGCAAACAUCUUGUUUCAAGUGGGAAGCAUUCAGUGGCUGCUUGGCAAGUGUAAGGACUGGAGAGCAGCAGAGUGCUCAAGGAAAGGCUGCAGGUAACUUUGGUUGCUCUGGUUUUGGGAAGAUGCAGCCACUCCCACUCUCUGCUGUCUCCACUCCCAUACCUGUGGGACACCUGUUUAGAGCUGAGGUGCAGCAGGUUACCCACAGCUGCAGUGGAACAAAAAAAAGUGUUAUAAAGACAGAAGUGCUCUGUAGUACUGAGAGCUCAGGCAAAAGAGUUAAAGCAUGUAUUUUAAAAGGCUACUUAUCUUUCCACCUAGACCAAACAUGGAUUGUUUUAACAGGCCUCUUCUGAAAAUGUUCUUCAAACAAAAAAUAUUAAACCAAAGAAAUACUACACUUCAGAAAACUCCUCCUAACCAAGCUGUUGCAAUUACUGCCUCUCAUUUCUUUCCUAUGCAGCAGUUCUUGAUUCUGUUCCCAGGCAUUCACAACAUUUAAGAUGACAAAUAUGAAAGCUGAGUGCUCUAUUACAUUUGACUCGAGGUGUGACAGUGAGAGGAAUCUGCAGAGGGCAGUAGAGAUCCUACUCAAGCCAAAUUUUCCUUAACGGUUCCAUCCCAUGGGCCUUCAAAUAUAAAGAAAGUCAGGUGAAUGUGAUUAGAUCCAACAAAUACAUCUGAGUGGAAAUAAAUCAGUAUAAAGUUCUUGGUUUUAUCCCAUAGUAAACCAUUACUAAACUAGGAAAUAACUAUGGUAAACUUUAGGUAAAAAAAAAUCCAAAUGCAUUAUAGGUGCUGGUUAGACAACUGGACUUUUACUUGUAAAAACUCUUUGUAAGAAACACAAAAUUUAUGCAUGAAUAGCUGGAUUGAUCCUUCUCCACCUGCUAGAGGGCAGUUGAUUUUGAGAGGCAGGAUGUUGCUUGGCAGGAUGUUGCUUGGUAUGUUUGGAUUUCUCUUCCAUAAGCCAAAAUAGAUGUUUCCUUAAUUUCUUUUGCUGUUUGUGGGAUACCUUCAAGACCCUGCAAAGUGAUUUUGCCCUUAGCAGUGUGUAUCUUGUUUAGUUUGGGCACUGAUGUCAUUUGAGAGCUUAUUGAAAAACAGAAAGAUUCCAAAACAAAAGAACCUCAAAUGUUUUGGUUUUUUUUAACGAUAUCCCCAAAGUAUUGUCAUGUCUGUUCUAGUGAUGUGAAGAUCCAUGUGACUCACACUGUUUGUAAAGGAAAGCAGGUUGUAUCCACUAAACUGCUACGUGGCCCCCACAUAAAGGGUGUUUCAAAAGAGGAUUAAGGCCAGUUGUGCUUUACCAGUUUUCUGAGAUGAAGAAACAAUUGCACUGUCCCAUUGUGUGUGGUGCUGCAGAGCUCCUAAAGCUGGCACUGCCUUCAGCUGCUCUCAGUGGGGCUGAGGCAGAAGGUGAGGCCAUAAGGACAAAAUGCAAAUUAUUGCAACAAGCAUUGCAUUGGUGGGUUCUGAAAAAGGGCUGCAGUAGAGGGGUAUUUUAGAUUCAGUCCUCUGCAGGAUUGUAAGCCUUUAGGGAAAACAAAAACACAUUUUCAUGUAAUAUCUUCCAUUAUUCUUUCAUUAGCUUUGGCUCUUAGUACUCUUCCUCCUUCCCACAGAAACCCCUAUUCCAGUUCCCAGCCCCCCCUCCCAGCCACCAAGUAAGUUUAUUUUUGCAAUGCAGUGGCUGAGAGGGCCAACUUUAAUCACAGCUUUGUUGUUAUUGUGGUCAUUUGUAAUGCAAAGCCAAUCCCAAGCAUUCUGUAGCUGAAAAUUAAUUUUCUAUUACCUUUGUUGCAAAUUCUUGAGAUGGAGGAGAAGUGGGGGGUGGGGAUCUUCCAUGCAAUGGAGCUGGAAGUGGUAGUAUUAUUUUUUCAGCCACCAGUUGCACCCAGGACAUGUGCUAUACUGUAUUCUUUUGGAAUACAGUAAAUAUCCUUUCUAAAGGAACUCCAGGCAUGAACACAGACACAUUGCAUGAAAUAAAAAUGGUUUCCUGUAUUUUGUGAAAUGUUGGUGCUGUUGGGUAGUACUUUAUACAUUUCUGGUCUAUUUUUCCUUUUCUUGCUACUAUGUACCAUGGUGUUGUGGCUUCAGGUGCAAAAUAGUUUGAUUUUUUUUUAAAAGCAGUAUCUGGUAAUUAGCUUCAUUUCUGCUUUUUAAUUAUGGGUAUACAGCAUAAAGCAAUGGAAAAGCUGCCUUACGGAUUUGUGAAGCAGGUCAAGGCAUUUUUAAUGCAAAUUCUCUAUUAGAAUACACUCAAGCCCAAAGUUAUAACUUGAAAAUAUAACCAACUAAGUAAAUGCAUUAGAACAAUUUCCUUUUUUUAAAAAAUGCACUUUUAGCUUAGUAGCUUGGUUGUUCACCGUUUUUAGCAGAGGAAAAACUUUUCUCAGGCUGAACACUGUGCAGUGACAGCCCAGCACAGCAGUGGAAAUGCAGCAAUGGAGAUGGUCCUGGUCUUCUGCUGCCCUUACAAAUUCUUGUCUCCUCAUCUCACAUGGAAAAUAGCUUCAUGGUGGCAGCUAUUUCUGCAAGGGACAGCUAAUGAAGGCAUUGGGAAAUUCUGUAGAAAAACGUUCUUUGCAGUCUUUCAUCUGGAAACCCAUUCCAGCAAUGCUCUGUGCAACACUAGAGCACAUCCUCUCCACUCCUUUCCAGUCCCCUGUCAGGUCACCUUACAAAAAUAUUUUACUGUAGUUCUUUAAGCUUAAAAUGCAGUUGUCUGUUCAGAUUUGUUGUUUCAUUAUGGAGUGUGUCAGAUAAUCCCUCUUGCUUUAACAAAAAAAAAAAAAAAAAAAAAAAAAGGUAUUUUAAACUAGUCCAAAGGUAUGGUCAUAUAUUACUGUAAUAAGGAUUAUGGGUUUAAGUGUACUCCAUUUUGGUUUCCACCAUGAACAUCUAAUUCCUGUAACAAUGUUGUAUGUUUAUUUAAAGUUAUAUAUAUAUAUAUAUAUAUAUAAAAAUUAAAUGUCAGAUUUUUGCAUUAAUUAAGAUUUUUUUAAAUUUGAAUAUGAACUUUGAGUAC